AUGUCACUUGCAGACGAAAACAUGGACGAGGAACCCGAACAAAGUUUUGUGGACUCGACCGAAUGCUUGGUCAGUGAUCGAGGGUCUAGGCUAGCAGAGUCACCCGACAGCGAUGACGACCGGGACGAUAUUGGAGACGCUUUGGCGCGUGGUGCCAUGGAAUCUGAAUCGAGACAUACCAGCGCAUAUCUGUCUCAGCGCAUGCCACAUCACAUAUAUACUGAGAUGCAUUUUCGCCGUCGCAGCACGUCUAUAUCACCAGGCUAUGGCACUCCCACUGGCCGAAUUAAUGCUGAGGAAGAUGAGGACUCAGACAUCUACGGUGACGGUAAUGUUGGACCAUUCUAUAGUAGACAUCCCAGCGAGGAAUCCGACACCGCACACAGCAGACGCGACCUUGGAGAUUCGCCCGUGAAGUCUUGGGAGUAUUCUGAUCUCGUCAAUGGAAGGACGACGAUCCCUCCCUCUGAUGAUGAAGAGUCGCUGGGGGAGAACAACGAUCAUUACCAGAUGGAUGAGACUUCCUCCGAAGCCUCUUCACGUCAGGGGGUUGAUGCCACUGUGAACGAAGAGGACAUUAUACGAUUCGAUGAGCCGUCCACCUCGAGGGAAAGAGUCGGUUCCUCUGAACAGCGUACGCAACAGGCCAUGGCCAUUGCUGCUCGUCAGACGAACGCUGCUUGGCGUAACACUUUUCGCGAGCACUCUGAGGAGGUCGAUGAGCUGCUAUAA